AUUUGGUGCGGUCGGUGCCCUUCCUUCCGGCCCAUCUAUAAAUGCAGAGAUAGAUCCUUCCUUCCACAUAUAACGUGAAAUAUAGCGUGCGUGUCGCUGCGAAGGACAGCUCCUCCCCUUCUUCUUAGAGAGAGAAACCACCGCAGAUCUGCUCUCUCUCUCUUCAAUUUUUCCAUCUUCCUCAGGUUCGAAAAUGGGGCUUUCAUUCACGAAGCUGUUCAGCCGUCUGUUUGCGAAGAAGGAGAUGCGUAUUCUGAUGGUGGGUCUCGAUGCGGCUGGUAAGACUACCAUCCUCUACAAGCUCAAGCUCGGCGAGAUCGUCACCACCAUUCCCACCAUUGGAUUCAAUGUGGAGACUGUGGAAUACAAGAACAUCAGCUUUACUGUGUGGGAUGUCGGGGGUCAGGACAAGAUCCGACCUUUGUGGAGGCAUUACUUCCAAAACACACAAGGACUUAUCUUUGUGGUUGACAGCAACGAUCGUGACCGUGUGGUGGAAGCCAGAGAUGAGCUUCAUAGAAUGUUGAAUGAGGAUGAGUUGAGGGACGCUGUGCUUCUUGUAUUUGCAAACAAGCAAGAUCUUCCAAAUGCCAUGAAUGCUGCUGAAAUAACUGAUAAGCUUGGCCUUCACUCCCUCCGUCAACGCCACUGGUAUAUCCAGAGCACAUGCGCCACUUCUGGUGAAGGACUUUACGAGGGUCUUGACUGGCUCUCAAACAAUAUUGCAAACAAGGCAUAGAUGGCUUGACUUGAAUUCUGUGUAGCGUCCAUUCUUCUGUACUAUGAAGUUGACAUUUAUCGGUCCUGGUGUUCUGCAUUUGCUCCGCUCUUAUCUUAAGUACCUGUUUUUACCAUAUUUGUGUUUUCUUUGCAAAAAAAUUCUCAUGGUAUUAACAUAAUAGCUUUGUUUUGUGAAAUGAAAUAGCUGUUAUCGAUUUGUUUAUAUUUACUUUGACGGAGAUUAUGGAAGAUAAUUCUCCCCUCGU